AUGGAGGGAGAUGGCAUCGAAGUCGAUGAUGUGGAAGCAAGGAGGAAAGAUGAACCUCAAGACUCCGACACAUUGAAUGGUGGAAAAAGAGAAGGAGAAAAGGUGCCACUGACAUUGCCACAGUCAUCCACUCUGGAAGAAGGACUGGUUGAGGGCGAUGCACGGAACGAAGUAGAUUUGACCAGUACCACUCGAUUUUGCAUCAGGAUUGGUCAAGCCGCCUUCUUAUAUGGAUCUCCUGGUCCUAAUGUGGAGCGAUUCUUGGAGCAUGUAAUGAAGCAACAUGGCUUUUAUGGCAUGUUCCGUGCCACUCAGUCAGAACUCAUUUGCUCCGUGGCAAAGUCGGAGAGUGAAUUGCCACAAACCACAAUUGUAGCCAUUGAAUGUGACUUGGACAUGUACAAACUGGCACUCUUGGCAGACUUGGCAAACAAAGUCCUCUCCAUGGAAGUCACUCAGAAUGAUUCGCUUAUCGAGUUGGACAAAAUUGCCAAAACACAAAAUCCUUGGGGAGACCCUGUGAUAUGGGCAAGCUAUGUUCUUGCUGGUGCUGCCUUGGCCAACUUGCUAGGGGGGUCCUGGUGGGAUAUUCUCACUUCUAGUUUCGGCAGCUGUCUUUGUUUUCUUGUGGUGCUGAUACUACCCAAAAUUGGCAACCACGGUGCUUUUACAAAAUGGAUACACCUCGUGGCUGGCUUUGUGACAGCUGCCUUUGCCAGCCUGGUGCAACUUGGAUUGGAAGAUUUAAAUGUGGGAAUCUGCACUUUAAGUGCUAUCGCCAUCCUUAUUCCUGGAUAUACAGUGUCGGUGGGAGUGGCAGAGAUCGUUGCCAACAGAAUUGUGUCCGGCUUUGCCAAGUUGGCCAAUGGUUUGCUUGUGCUCAUUUGGCAAGUUGUGGGAGCAUGGCUUGGGUUUUCCUUUAUCAAUGCGGUGGCCAAUGUACCCUCGAACGAAAAUGAGACUGAGUCACUUCCGAUGGCAUGGCAGGCUCUGUUUGUGCCACUUAUCUGCAUCAGCUUAAUCUUUGUCUUCCAAGUUGGCACUCGAGAUGCCCCAUGGGCAUUGCUAAUCAUGGGAGUGACCUACGGGUCAUUCUAUGGCUUCAGCAGGCUGAAGGCCAACAAUCUUGGGGUGUUUUUGUCCACAGUGGUCCUUGUUGUGAUAGCAAACGGAUGGGCAAAACUCAUGAAUCGGCCGGCUUCACUGGUCCUUGUCCCCUCUCUUGUGUUGCAGGUCAGUGGCAGCAUUGGUUUUCAAGGACUUUUCCAUGUGAUAGAGGGACAAGCAGAGCUUGGAACAGCACAGUUUGAACAAAUGUUGAUAAUUGCUUUGAUGAUUGUGGUGGGCUUGCUGGCGGGAAACACCGUACUACCACCUGGAACCACUUUGUAA